ACAGUGUCAAAAGCUUUUUCAGACACUCUCGGUUCUCACAUCCUAUAGGAAACAAAAACUAAACGAUCCGUAUAAAUUUUCAUAAUUAAACGGUCGCGCGAUUUUGCUUUUUCUUCGGGUUGUUAUUAAACUAUAAUUUGAAUAUUAAUACAAGGCAUUAACAUACUUUCUCAAAAAAACCGCCGACUAUUUCGCCGUUAGAUUGGAAUACUAAUAACGUCGUUCUUCGCGGAUAAACGUGGAACCAGUGCAUUUUGUAACGUGAAUAGUUUUCCAAGUAUUUUUGUUGAUCUGGACUGAUAAUGGCCUCCAAAUUGAGAAGGCCAGCGUUGUUUCCACUAAACGAAGCAGGAAUUUUUGCUCAACAGAAAAAAGAUGAAGCUCCACUUUCAUCCACCGCCGCGCUGCUAACGAGGAUGGAAGUAGGUGUACAAAGCGGGUUCGUCGCGAAUAGAAGCGGACCCCCUGCGACUCCUGCGGGCAUAUUGACCGCGGGGGACGUGAGACGAGGCAGCACGGAGCGUUCACCCGCCAAACACGGGCUUCACGUGGCCUUCAAGGACAAGGGCGAGAUCAAGGAGAAAAGGGAAAAAUUCCUCACCGCGAAAUAUGGACACCACCAGAUGAGCCUCAUCAGGAAACGGCUGGCGGUCGAGAUGUGGCUAUACGAGGAACUCAAGAAACUUUACGCACCCAAUAACAAAAUAGAAGGUGUAAAUAACGAAGAAGUAGAGAUCGAUAUAGAUGAACUUCUGGAUAUGGACAGCGACGAACAGAGACGGAGGCAGCUACAGAAUCUCCUUAUAGACGCCAAAGCUUCCCAAAGUGAUGUAAAUAAAUUUAUUGGCGACCUGCUCGAGAAGGCGAAGACUCUCUAAGUUGUAGUGAAGUGCCAAACCGACGUACUGUGAAACAAUGUUGUCCAGUGCAGGUGACAUUUUCAGCUUUAAAAUUCGAACCGGACGUGCAGUGAUGGAAGCAAAAUUAUAAUUUGCACAAAAGUAAAUAAUGAUUUACCUAAACAAGUAACUAAGUAUCCAUCCUGUCUUUUUUAAUACAAUACAAAGGGAUUAUUUGCCCAUUUUGUUACUAAGUUUAAGUAUUAAAAAGGGAUAAUAAUUCAUUAAAAAACAGAAUCAGUUAACCGCCAAGACUGAGACAAAAGAAUCGAGAAAAAACGACCAAAACUUAUUUCAAAUCAAUCUCAUAAAUUAUCUGGCGUUUUUAAUCUCUCUAUUUAAUAACUUCCUCGCAAAUGUUACCCCCAAACACUUCAAAAUGUUAAAAAUUUCAAAGCGCACUGGUUGCCAUAAUAUUGUGGAACAAAAGUAAUUUUAAUGUUAAUGCUGUUGCAUAAUAAUAAGAGUACCAUAUGUAUUUAUUAUAGCGCAUUGUAUUCUUAGUUAAGCCGUUUAGUUUAGUAAAUGAUGUAAACAGCAAUUUUGCAACAUACCAAAGGAAUAAAAUCAAUCUUUUAGAGUUAUUCUAAUUAUACUUUUGUUACAAUAAUUGUUUCCUAAUUGAGCUGCCUUUUCUGUAAGUAGGUGCAUAUCAUUAUUUGAUAUCCACAGAAUUUUUUGGUUGACAAAGAAAUCCUUUUACUAAGAUCUGGAACAUCUUAUUGCUGCACUCCAGCAAUCUUGUUUUUUGUAUUAAAGCAUAAUUUCCGUAUUUUAAGGGUUAUUAUUUCAAAAAAUUUAAUAAUCAUAUAAAUAAAAUAACUCCUUCAUAAUUUUCUAGUUUCUUUUUUUUUCCUUGUCAGCCAAUCAAUUUUUCACUUCUUGCCCCAUGUAAUAUAUAUCGAAAGUUUCCUACAUUACAUUGUAUUUUUUGUUAAUUGUUAAUUAUUCGUAGUCGCAUAAGUAAAAUUUUUAUUAAGAUUGAUUGUUAAAAAUUUGAAUAUGUCAUAUCAGUAAAGGUUUGCAAUAGUUUAUCUUCAUUUGCAAACAAUAUAAAAUGGUUUAUAUAUUAUCUUUCAUCCCGGAAUUUAAAAAAAUAAAUUUGGUUCCAAAACCUACAAUGGUCCCUUACUUGUUUGGUCACGCUUAUGCUCAGUCAAUAUGAAUAAAUAAGAAACUGAACAAUUUCAUAAAUAAUUCAAUACAAAGCUUAUUGUAUUGCGAGAUGUUUUCUUUAUUGGAACAGAGCAGUAGCAUCCUUUGCUUGACGCUAGUAGGAGGUACCUUCUCACGGAUCAUUGUGAUCUCAGCAUCUCUUUUUUUACUAAUUGUUUUUGUGGUUAUACCGUAUCAUAUUAUCAUUAAAUGUAAGAUUAAUUUUAAUAAAUAGUAAUUGAAUAGAAA